AGGUACAAAAUCUGAUUGUAUCAUAAAGAAGUUCGGUUUGUACAAACUGAGUUUGUACCAAAACGUUAAAUGUACAAAAUCUGUUUGUAUCAUAAAGAAGUUCGGUUUGUACAAAUCGUUCGAAAUGUUAAAAGCUACAAACUUUCGUUUGUAGCAUAAUAGGAUUUUUUUUAUCGAAAACAUCAAUGCUAGUAGCCAAUCUGAUAGAAUUAGAGUUACUAAUUUCAUGUAAAGUACUUAAAAACGUAUUAUACAUUUCUCAAUAGAAUAUUACAUAUUCUGACAUUUUCCAAAAACAAUAAUAAGACCAUUCGAUUAUCCAAGUUUUCACGACAUUCAUUAAAACUUUCGCUUGUGCUGAAUUGCAUGAAUCAGGUAACGGAGCCGGAGGCCCGUCCGACGAGAUCACGGUGGCGAGACUGAAGCUAAGCAAAACGAAACUACUGCUCUUGAAGGAAAUGGCGAAUAAAGGAAACCCUAAUCGACCGUACUCCACCUACGAAACCCUAACGGCACACACAUGGAGGUGUGCUUGCAAAGCAAGGAAACUCAAACCCAACCAACCCACCGCCGUUGGUGUCUACGUGGACGUACGCAGACGGCUGAACCCGCCGCUGCCCGAUGCUUACUUAGGCGACGCCGUUUUCGGGGUGAAGGCGAUAAGCCUCUCCGGCGACCUCGUGAACGAGCCGCUAGGAUUCGCGGCGGAGACGAUAAGGGAAGCGGUGGAGAAGGUGGACGGCGAAUUCUUGAGCUCGGCCGUUGAGUACUUGAAGCACCAGCCGGACCUGACCAAGUUCCAGGACUCCCAUGAAGUUGACGGCGUUAGGGAUGACGGCGAGCAUCACGAGGAGCCGUUUUACGGGAUGCCGAAUCUGGUGGUGAGUAGCUGGCUGAGGCUGCCGUUGCUGGGGCUGGAUUUCGGGUUCGGGAAGGAAGUUUAUAUGGACACGACGUUUGAUUUCGACGGCGACGCCACUCUGUCGCACAGUCAGGAUGGAGAUGGGUCGGUUGUGCUCGCGAUCUGUUUCAGGUCGGACCAUGUGGACGAGUUUGAACGGUUGUUUUAUGAUGACAUAAUCGUCUGAGAGGUCGAUUCAGUGAUAUGAGCUGGAAGGGAAAAUUGUGUGAGUCGUGAUUGGAUUCUCUAAUGAUUUCAAAUGUGGGUCGAUAAUCGAUCGUUUUAAGUGUUUGUAAUGUGAAACUGUCUUAAUAACUUAGCUUGCAUAAUGUUGUGCAAGUUAAUUUAUCUUGUUGAUUGCUAAUAUUAAGUUUACGUUAUGAAGUACUAGUGUGUGCACAUUCGGCCGUUUUCAGUGGCAGAUUUUUCGUCGCGAAUGAUCACACUCGAAUACCUAAUCAAUUUGCUACGGGCCGGAUAAAUUUUCUGGGCUGGCUCAUAAUUUUCAGUUUCGGAUAGGCCCUUUGCUGGUAACAUCAUAUACCUCUUCAGCUCUUCUACUGGGCCACAUUUACCAAUACUCGCCGUUUGGAUCUUUGCCAACCCAACCCGUUUAUUUUUUAUUUUGGGCCUCAUUCCUUUUAGGGUUUAUGGCUUAGUUUGGCCCGAACUAUACACAAAUUUUCUACUUUGGUCCGUGGUUUCGGAAAUUGUUUUUCUGGCCUGAACUAUGUACCAUACUUCCUUAUUUGGCCUGGAGGCGAGUUUGACCAUUGAGUUGACCGUUCAAUUGCCAGCUCACUUGGCCACAUCAUCGAGCAGGAAAUAAAAUAUUAAAUUUUUUUUUUAAUUUCUAUAUUUUUAUAAGAAAGGAAAUAAUUUUUUUUUUAUAAAGGCAUUAUUAUUAUUAUUAUUAUUAUUAUAAGAAAGGAAAAAAUUCAAAAAUUCAAAAAACAUUUUUUUUAUUAUCUGCUCGCUGACGUGGUCAAGUAAGAUGGCCAAAAUAGAAAUUUUUUGUAUAAUUCGGGCCUAAUUAAUAUAUUAACCCUUCCAUUUAUUCUAGUGUAUACACACUAUCAUUUUGAUACAGUUUUGUUCCAUUUCGAUUUCGGAAUAUCUUGAAAAAAAAAAAAAUUCAAUCAACGCAUCAGCAGUGAUGUCAUCUAUAUAUUUUUGUCCAUGCUCGGGCUAUCUAUCUCUACUGAGGAAACUUCUCUACAACAUGCAACGACCUUCCUCUCAAUUAAGUGCGUGCAUGUGUUUCAUCUCUGGAAGAACCUUCUGGCAGAAACGGGAGACUAAAUCAAACUUGCAAGAUAUCUAAAAUAAAAGCAUGCAUAUUAUUACUAAUAAUUCCACGCCGCAAAGAAAAUCGAAGAGCAAGGCUAGGAAAAAAUUGCCCCAGCAGCAGGGGAAAUACAAAUUCCAUCUUUCCCUCUGCUAGCUGCUGCUGUGCUACAUAGCAACUGUAAAGGAUGAGAUUCAAUCCAAUAUUCCAACCUAAAUUCAAAUAGAGAGAAUUAUAUUUGUUGAUGUGACUUGAAUCGGACUAUCAGCCGUUACGACUGGUAAUCGGGGAUCUCGCUGCUUGGUCAGUGAGUGGGGUCCAGGGACAACGCCCACGGUGUAUGGGCUCAAUGUUAUUUGGGUUUGGGUUCUAGGCCUGGUCUGUAACCGUUUCCUUUGCCAGAUUGGAUUAGGUUUAGACCCACAUGGAGAAGUACUAUAAAUACUUCUCAUACUCCUCUGUAAUCUGUAAUCUCCUCGAUAUAGUGAAAUUGGCUCGUUCUCGCCCGUGGACGUAGCUAACACACAUCGUGUUAGUGAACCACGUAAAUCGUGUGUCUGUGUUUUUCGAUUCUCGCUUUCGUAUUCUUGCUUUGUCGAUUCCAGCGAUUUCCCGAUCCGUAGCACCGCGUUUAUAACAAUAUUCCACUUGCUCCAGUUCAAUUAUUGGCUAAAUAAAUUGGGGAAGAAAGAACCGAGUAUAUCAACUCUGUAGCCGGCCUUAUCCCAAUUCAAUGCCGAUCUGUUCAAAUUUUUGGAGAUUAAAAAGAAGAGUUGGCUAGCUACGCUAUAAUAAUAAACACUUUCUAUUGGG